CGCUGAAGAGGUUAUGUCACAAUCGCGAGUCACGGCCGGCACUUCUUUAAUCUGAGUGGUGGGCCGAUGAGCAGCGCAGUGUCAGGGCUUCAUCCGACACGCUCUUAAGGAUGGGGACGCUCCUCUGGACCACCUUCUGCUGGGCUGCACUGCAAGGUCUUCUAAAGGGAGGACUUUGCAAGCAGCCCUUCUCCGUUCCUGACUCGGUGGCCGCUCUUGAAGGUUCCUGCGUGGUCAUUCCUUGUACGUUUUAUGUCCCCUCUGGCCAGAAAGCUCGUGUGGAGGUGGCUUGGUUUGCAGAAGUACAGAAGAGAAAAUUUUUUGUGAAAUCUUCAACCUACAAAGUCUAUGACAGUCUGGAUGUGAGCAGUGUACAUUCCAAUUUCAGAGAGCGGGCCACUCUGGUAGGAAACCUCACUGCUGGCAACUGCUCCCUGAUGAUCAAGAAGGUCAAGUCAGGCGAAAUAAACAAAAUGUAUCUGGUGGACAAGAAUGGGAACAGAAGUUCCACCAUCGCAUUUGAAACCAGAGGGCCUCUAGUCAAGCCCCUCAUCUCCCACCGUGGACCUGUGCGGGAAGGCCAGAGGGUUACAGUGAGCUGCAUGGUGGAGCACACCUGCCCUGGUCACCCGCCAGUCAUCGAGUGGAAACAAGUGACCGGUCGCGUCACUCAGGAGCACACGGAGUUGAGCAACGGGAACUGGACUAUGACAUCCUCGAUGACCUUCACUGCCUCGUACAAGGACACCAGCGUGGAGUGCCAGGUGACCUUUGAUGGAGAAGUGAAAGUCAUCGGAGUGCAGAAAAUAAACGUCACCUAUGCCCCAAAAAACAUCAAAAUUGAGGUCUCUCCUGAAAAUGUGAAAGAAGGUGACAAAGUAAAUGUGUUCUGCUCAGAUAACGCAAACCCUCCAAGUUUCCUACACACACUUCAUAUGGCACAGGGAAACAAGACCAUUACGUAUAGAAACAGCAGUGUGUCCCGCUUUGCCAACGUGUCCCGGGGCACACACUUCUACUGUACAGUGCAGAACAGCAUCGGGCAGACACGCUCUGAGCCCAAGGCCAUAAGCAUCCAAUACAAACCAGAAAUUUCCCCAGGGUCCAAAUGCCACGUGAUGUCUGGCAAAGUGGCGUGCCAAUGUGUGGUUGACUCCUAUCCAGUCGCCAGCCUCCACUGGGAUGUGCACGGCCGAAUACAGAACCAAACAUUUCAUUUUGGCAACUCCACCGCUGGGAAUGUGGUAACCGGAAGCCUGGAUGGCCCGUGGUCACCUGAGCUGAACGUCACCUGCGCUGCCACAAACCUGCACGGCACGGCGGUGAUGCAGAUGCUGUUUGUCCAUGAACAAACCGACACGUGGAAGGUUAUUCUAGCAGUGGCAGGGGUCCUCUCCUUCAUAUUCAUCGUCAUCAUCAUCAUCACAGUUACUGUUUGUUGCAAAAGACAGAAAAGAGCCAGUUACGUUGUCCACAAUCCCAUACCAUACCCCUUGUAUGACAACAACCUCUACCAGGACAGGGACCCUCUGUACAUGAACUGUGUGGAAGCCAACCCCGUGUACACCAACGGCCGCUUUGACACGCUCUACGAGAACUGCACACCGUGUUUUGUCCGCACCACACAGCAGAGACAAGCUUUCCGGAAGAACCGACAUCUGCGACAGCUGGCUGAGAUACGCAUUCUCCCCACCGAGUGUCCGGUGUAUUUAGAAAUCCUGCCUUAGUGGAUCUCUGGAGCUUCACCCAAGCAGCUGCUUUACUUCAUGCCACCCUACAAAGAGACAACGUGAUGCUGUACAUAAACUAGGACUGACGCAGGCGCCGUGUGUGACACACUCUGGGCUGCACUUCUGCACCGUGACGGCUCUUGUUGAGGAAGUGACGAGAGACGUGUGGAUUUUUAAAUGGACGGGUGGCCGAGUGGACACACUUAAGACUCAGAUGGGUGACACGUGUGCUUACAUCUACUGGGGUCUCCACCGGCUGGCUGUCAGAAGGCCAUGCGGCUCUCUAACGGUGGACUUCUGCAUACUUGGACAGGAUGUUCUCUGGAGUCGUUCUUCACAUUUGUUCAUUUUGUACUUUAAACGUCAACAGGAAGUUUGACUUAAAGUUCUGAAUUCUGAAUUGUUUUGGACGCCGCUUGUUUCUUGACUUUUAGUGUCAUUUACAAUUUUAAAAUGCAUCAAGGCCUCUGAGAUAAACUGCACUGUCAGAGCAGGACACAGACUGUGGCGAUGAGGAGGAGGAUACCAAAUCAGUGCCAGGUGAAGAAGGUCACUUUUAUGGUUCGGCAUUGUAUUG